AUGACUACCCCAACAGCUUCUCUUCUACCUCCUGUGUUCAACGGUGAACACUACCAUAUUUGGUCAGUUAAAAUGAAGGCUUACCUGAGAGGUCAAGGACUCUGGCAGUAUGUAGAGGAAGACAGACAACCCCCUCAGUUGGGACCAAAUCCUACCCUCAAUCAAAUCCGAAUGCAUGAAGAGGAAGCAUCAAGAGCUCCAAGAGCCUUGUCCCACAUCCACUCAGCUGUCACAGACCUUGUUUUUACAAGGAUUAUGACAUGCGAAACUGCUAAGGAAUCAUGGGACAAGCUGAGAGAAGAAUUCAUGGGAAGUGAUACCACAAGGAACAUGCAGAUUUUGAAUUUGAGAAGGGAGUUCGAAACCUUGAGGAUGCAAGAGGCUGAGAAGGUGAAAGAAUAUGUUGACAGGCUAAUGAACAUUGUCAACAAAAUCAUAUUACUUGGAGUGCAGAUGCCAGACAGCAGUAUUGUGGAAAAGGUGAUGGUGAGCCUGCCGGAAAGGUUUGAAGCUAAGAUCUCAUCCUUGGAGGACUCAAAGGACCUGACUCAGAUCACAAUGACUGAGCUAGUCCAUGCUCUGCAGGCAUAA